GUUACAGAGCUCAACAACGUGAAGAACGUAGCUCGGUUGCCAAAGAGCACCAAGAAACAUGCCAUAGGGAUUUAUUUCAAUGAUGAUACCUCCAAGACCUUUGCUUGUGAAUCAGAUCUUGAGGCCGAUGAAUGGUGCAAAGUACUCCAGAUGGAGUGUGUGGGCACACGGAUCAAUGACAUCAGCCUCGGAGAGCCUGACUUAUUGGCUACUGGGGUUGAGAGAGAACAGAGUGAGAGAUUCAAUGUGUAUUUGAUGCCAUCCCCUAACUUAGAUGUACAUGGCGAAUGUGCCUUGCAGAUUACAUAUGAGCACAUCUGUCUUUGGGACGUCCAGAAUCCCAGAGUCAAACUCAUCUCUUGGCCGCUAAGCGCCCUGCGGCGGUAUGGGCGAGAUGCUGCUUGGUUCACUUUUGAGGCAGGGAGGCUCCAGAUGAAGAUGAGCGAGCGGGCCGCCUCCCUGAGCUCCAUGGUGCCCCUGCCCCGUAGUGCCUACUGGCAGCACAUCACGCAACAGCACAGCGCUGGACAGCUCUGCCACCUGCAAGAUGUCACCAGCCCUCUGAAGCUUCAUCGGACAGAGACUUUUCCUGCCUACCGAUCGGAGCACUGACAGGAGCUGCCGAGAAUCGAGAAUCGUUGUGUGACACACUUGUGAUGUGUUGGCCGCCGCAGAUCCACCAGGAGGCCACAGGAUGGCAGCGAGGGGAGCCACGAUGGAAAGAGGCGGGAAGUCCUGGCUAAUUGUGUUGGUCAUUGGGAAACUGCAAUGCAAUAUUUGUCUUUUUCUUUCUUUUUUCUUUUUUUAAAAAAAUCUUAGCGUGAUUGAAACAUGCUCUAUAGAUAUCGACUUUUUGUUCCCUCUUUUACAGCUGGACAGAAAGGAGUCGAUGCCACAGAAUGAUUUUCUAUUGUAGAUACCAUGUCCCUUGCACUUCUCUGAAUCUAUCCUUUUGUGGAUUCUUGUGAUUUUCCUUCUGAGUGUUUCAAUUGUAUGACAGUCAGUACUGAUAAUAAAAUGGUUCUUCAUUAUUUGUUA